AUGAAUCAAGAAACAAGAGAAGCAGUCUCUCCAUCAGAUAAAUCUUGUUUUGUAGCUCGUCUCACCCCGUCUAAUCUAAGAACAGAUAGACUGCUUGUGCAAGCAGAUACAAAACCUGUUCUUCAGGUGUGUUCGUCCAUGUACAACCGAGACUGUAGCCAAGACAGAUUCUUGACACUAACUCUCACACAUUACAAUUUCAAGAGGGGUAAACUGUUUCUACCAAUAGACUUUUCAAGGUCUAAUGGUUUUAUGGAUCGUAAGUGCGAGAUCAUCCUAUUGAAUGAAGAUGGGAAACCAUGGAAACUGUUCCUGACUAACCAUAAAACGCAUGGUCGUGUUUUAAUCAGAAGCGGCUGGAGACGAUUCUGCCGCCAAAAUAGGAGAAGAGAUAAUGAUUUAUUAACUUUCAAGCUUGUGCAGACAGGUACAAAACCUGUUAUUCAGUUGUGUUCAUCUAUGUACAACCGAGACUGUCUCCGAGGCUCUUCUUCAAGAAGCCAAGACAGGUUCUUGACGCUAACUCUCACACCAUACAGUCUCAGGAAGUUUAAGUUGUGUAUACCGGGGAAAUUUGUGUGGUUGAAUGGUAUAGAGAACGCAAGGAAGAUAAUUCUUGUGGAUAGAUACGGUGUGAAAAGGGCAACUAGUCUUAAACCUGAUAACAACUAUGGAAAAAUGAGAAUGGGAAAAGAGUGGAGAGAGUUCUGUGAAGCUAAUGGAGUUAAGGCUGGUGAGUCCUUUAAGGUAGAACUCAUCAAGGGGGAAGAAGAAACAGCUACUCAUCUACUUAAGUUCUGCACCAAAGUUUGA